GCCCUUUUGCAUCCCCACUGCCAACAAGAACUUCUCACCUUAUCAUCUAUACUCCAAUAAUAUUUCAAUCACUUCAUAUAUGGCUUCCGACGGCCAAAACCGCUAUGUUCUAACUUUGUUGCUCAUUCUCACAAUCUGGAGUUCUGCGGCAAUAUCCCGGAAGCUUCAAGAAUCAUCUUUACCAGAAAGACAUGAGCAAUGGAUGGCCAAGUAUCGCAAAGUGUACAAGGAUGCUGCAGAGAAGGAAACACGCUUUGAGAUAUUCAAGAACAAUGUUCAGUUCAUUGAGUCCUUCAAUUCUGCUGGCACCAAACCCUACAAGCUCAGCAUCAACCAGUUUGCAGAUCAAACCAAUGAAGAAUUCAAAGCCAUUCGUAAUGGUUUGAAGAGGUCCCACAUGUCCCUGACAGGAACAUCGUUUAGGUACGAGAAUGUUACUGCUCUUCCUGCUUCUGUGGAUUGGAGACAAAAAGGAGCUGUUACUCCCGUCAAAAAUCAAGGCGAUUGUGGAAGUUGCUGGGCAUUUUCAACUGUUGCAGCAACAGAAGGGAUUCACCAGUUAGCUACGGGAAAAUUAGUGUCCCUCUCAGAGCAAGAACUUGUGGACUGUGACACUAAAGGAGUGGACCAAGGUUGUGAGGGUGGCUACAUGGAAGAUGGAUUUGAAUUCAUCAUAAAAAACGGAGGGAUUACCACUGAGGAAAACUACCCCUACACAGCAACUGAUGGAAAAUGUAACAUCAACAAGGAAGCAUCCCAUGUUGCAGAAAUUAGGGGUUAUGAGAAAGUUCCUGUUAACAGUGAGGAAGCACUUCAGAAAGCUGUGGCCAACCAGCCUGUGUCUGUAUCCAUUGAUGCCGGAGAUGGUUCCUUCCAGUUUUAUUCAAGCGGAGUUUUUACUGGAGAAUGUGGAACACAGCUGGAUCAUGGUGUAACCGCGGUUGGUUAUGGUGUUACCGAUAAUGGUACUGAGUAUUGGAUUGUGAAGAACUCAUGGGGAACUGAAUGGGGCGAGGAAGGGUACGUGAGGAUGAAGAGGAACAUAACUGCUACGGAAGGUUUAUGUGGAAUUGCCAUGGAUGCUUCUUAUCCAACUGCUUAAAAAUUUCACUAUGUUAAUGUAAGAUCAUAUCUUGAAUUAUUUGCUUGUCCUAAAAUAUGUUGACAUGUAUUUUCAACAAUUAAUGAAAGUAUUAUGAUUUCCCUGUA